AUGUAUGGCACCGUGAAUACGAGUACGAGCGUCGGCAGUUCGCGCGACGACUUCGCGCCGCCCCCGCCAUCCGUUUCGCCCUUCCGCUACCACGUACAAGAAGGUGAAACACUGUCAAGUAUCGCUGCAAAAAUGCAGAUCACCGAGACGGCAUUAUUGGCUCUUAAUCCGCAAUUAGGAUGCAAAAAGAGACACGUCAAGCUUUAUUCCGGCCAACAACUUGUCGUAGAAGACGCACGUGACGUGUCAUUACCUCCAUUACCCGAUUGUAUUGAUAAUGGAUGGGGUCAGAUGCAUCUUGUACGUCCUGGAGAAACAUUACGUGACAUUAGCGUGCUUUAUAAUACGACAGAAGAGAGUUUACGUCAAGAUAAUCGGCGCUAUUUUCCAACGGGUGAACGUAGUCGAUUAUCGCCCGGGCAAUUGCUUCAUGUGCGACACAUCAAUACAGGGGAAAUGGAGAGCGAUGACCUUAUUUUAGGUAAUGGAGAUGCAGACCACAAGACCUCAGCCUUGGAUGGAAUAGGACAGGAUGUCACGUAUACCAACACGUCGGCUGUCUUUGCACGGUACAAGACACAUGUGGUCACUUCUACCGAUACUUUUGAGUCUAUCUGCAAAAUGUAUACGAUCCCCUACGCUCACUUUGUGCAGAUAAAUCGAGGUCACUAUCCAAUGGGUCAACGUGCCGAGCUCGUGGUUAAUGAGCGAGUCAUUGUACCGGAUCUAUUGGCGACCCAACAAGCAGCUCGUAGACGAAACAUUGCAGAAGUGAAACUUACCAAGCAGAUUCAUGUCGUGAAGCCGGGCGAGACACCAGAAGAGCUUGCGAAGCGCUAUGCCAUGACGUACGACGAAAUGCGUGAAUACAAUCGCAACUACUUUCCCAAAGGAUAUCGUGGCGAGAUCCGUCCGGGCUACAAGCUGGUGGUCAAACGACCAGUAGACACGGACGACUCCAGUUCGCCGCGACAGUUACAAAACAGCGGGUACAGGGAUCUUGAUGCAGUAAGCAGUGCGUGA